GAGUGGAAGCACCAUCGUUGACUAUACUAUAAGAGCAAACUCUAUAAAUGUUGCGGAAAUUGAUGCAGUAACAUCAGGGGUAUUUAUACAGCUGGGAAGAAUAUACCCUGUGAUAUUUGACGGCCCACUAAAGAUUCAGCCAUCUUUCAUAACUAUUGGGGAGAGUGUGACUAUGACAUGUGGCCCUCCUCCAGCGAAUCUCGUUACCAGCUGGACUGCAGAGUGGACACGUAACGGCAAUCCAAUACCCAAAGAUAGUGCACACGUCCAGUCACUUGAUAAAGAAGUAGCAACCUUAACUGUGACCAAUUUUUUUAGCACUGACGAAGGAGAUUAUCAAUGUCUGCUGACAGACAGCAGUAAAGGUUUCCUUGGAGUUUUCCGACAGAAAUCCAACAGCAAAAUAACUUUACAAAACACACCCUUGAUCCAAGUGGAACCAAUCAAAAAACAGGUCCAGUGUAAUGUUGGAACGACAGUGAAACUGCAGUGUUCUGUCAACAGCCCCUAUCAGGUGGACUUUCUGGACAAAAUAGGCCAAGUCAUCACCCAAGAUUUUUUGAUAUCCGACUGUAAAAAUCUGGAUAUCCCUUGUCGACUGAUAAACCAUACGGAAUAUAGCAGCAGUAUAACACUGGUGUUUAUCCAGCAGGAAUUUACAUGUCGCAAUGAUCCCGUGUUUGGUAGUGGAACUGAUGGUUACAUAGCUAAUGUUACCUGUGAACCGAACUAUGUGGGCUCAAAGACAGCAGUUUGUCGGAGUGGUAAAUGGGAACAACCACAAGACAACUGUGUCCUGCAAGUUGUCCAGGACCUGCUCGAGCAGUCUCAGAACUUGAAUGUCAUUACAUUGCCAAUAUUUUUGGGAGAACUCAGCUCUGCCACUCUCAACUUGACUGACCAAGUGGUUAACUCUACGGGAACCAUUAAGGCCAUUGUUCAAAUACUCAACAAUGUAGCCAAUGUUUCAUCAUCACUAAAUAUCCCAAUAACUAAUUCUUCAAUGCAGGACGUCCUAUUAACUGCAGGUGUCCUAACCAUAAAUGGCUCAAAGACAUCAUGGGGCUUUCUGAAUGGCAACGACACCAGCAACAUCACAACAACACAAAGCAACAGUGUCAGCUCAAUAUUUUUGCAGUCCCUUGAGAAUAUAACAAGUCGUCUUACCAAUGACUCUUUCAAUAUUGACACACAUUCAAUUAUCUUGAACAAAACUACAUUUACAAACACUUUCAUGGCAGACUUUAAUUCCUCUGUGGAGAUAGACAUACCAACAUCUGAUGGAAGAAGUAAGUUUAUCACUGUGGUAACAUUUGCCUCAAUGGAUAACGUGCUCCCUGCAAGAGACAAUGGAAAUUCAUCCAUCUACGUCAUCAACGGGAGAGUCGUACUUGUUCAGUCCAGUGGUACCGUCGAUAAUGUUUCGUUCACAUUUGAUAUUAUAAACAAUACUCUGGGGAACGCUCAGUGUGUUUUCUGGAACUUCAGCCUCUUCAGUGGUCUCGGGGGAUGGGACAAUGGGGGCUGCGUGUUGGUAUCCAACAACACCAACGUCACCUGCAACUGCAACCACCUGACCUCGUUCUCUAUCCUUAUGUCACCUAACACCAUAUUUGACAUUGUGUUGGAUUACAUUACCUACAUUGGAGUUGGCAUAUCUAUGGCUUCCUUGGUCAUAUGCCUCAUUAUUGAAGCUAUCGUCUGGAGAAAAAUAAGAAGGAACACCACAUCUUACUUGCGUCAUGUUUCCAUUGUUAACAUCGCUGUGUCUCUCCUGAUUGCUGACAUCUGGUUCAUUAUUGGGGCCGCCAUCUCAGAUGCAAAGACAGUAAACCAACCAGCAUGCACUGCGGCUACAUUUUUUAUCCAUUUUUUCUACCUUGCCCUGUUCUUCUGGAUGUUAGCCUCAGCUCUGCUGUUGUUCUACCGCACAGUCAGUGUCUUCGACGGGGGUUUGUCUAAAACAUCUAUGUUGGCUAUUGGAUUCUCUCUAGGCUACGGGGGCCCUCUCAUCAUCGCUGUCAUAACUAUAGCUGUAACUGCACCCCAAAAAGCGUACAUCCGAGACGCUGGGGUCUGCUGGCUCAACUGGGAUAAAUCCAAAGCUCUACUGGCAUUUGUGAUCCCUGCACUGACAAUAGUGGUGAUAAACCUGUUAAUCCUGCUUGUUGUGAUUUACAAAAUGUUGAGAAGAAGGGUAGGAGACUCUGCACAAGCAGCUGAGAGGCAUGUUUUGGUGGUUAUUGCAAGGAGUUUGGCUGUCCUCACACCAUUUUUUGGAUUAACUUGGGGUCUGGGAGCCGGAAUCCUCGCCGACCCAAACAAUAGAGCAAUCAAUAUUUCAUUUGCAUUCUUCAAUUCACUACAGGGUUUCUUCAUCUUGGUGUUUGGAACGCUGUUGGACAAAAAGGUGCGGUCAGAAUUAACAAUAGGGUCACAAGCUUCCGGAGGUGGAACAAGGAGCACCAGUGCUGGAAACUCAUCAAGUUUUUUUAGCUUUUUCCGGAACUGGAGGAGAGGAAGAGAUGGUUACAACAUGUCAUCUAGUGCAUCUGGUGCAACUCACUCCUACUCCAACCCCUGAUGAUCUCUGCAGACACAAUGACAACCAACCAAUCAAACCAACAGUUUCUUUUUUUCUUUUCUCCACCACAGCUAUAACAAGUUAAAUGUAUCAUGGUUAGAUAUUAAGUAUAAUGUAACAUGGAAGAAGAAUCAGGCUUGUUCUUUUGAAAAACUAAGCCUUAAGCCAUAUUUUAAAUGUUUUAUUUUGCUCACAACAACACUAUGUAAUACACACCAUCAAAAAGAUUUAUUAGUAUUACAUGAUGUAUGCUGGGUGUAUAGUUUUAACUGUACUGUAGUAGUAACUGCUUUUAACAAUUCUCAAUAGAUCACUGCUGUUUUUGACAAAAACAUUUAUAUGUAAUUCCUACCAAGAGCACAUAGAGAAGAUAUAGAAGAGAUUUUAUAUCUGAUGUACUGUAAAAGUUCAUAUAGUUGCACUUGGCUACAUUUGUAUUUGUAUUUGUAUUCAUCAAGUAUUCAUCACAACCAACAACAUGUCUACAAUGUAGAUGCAAAAUGUCUCUAGAUUUGGCUUACUUUGCCAAUCAAAUCAGUUAGACAAUGUAAGUUGCCUUACACAGAUCAGUGAACUUGUUUACUCGGGGUGGCGUCACAAUGACGAAUUGACUUAGACAGGACUAUCAGUCAAAUAUAAUUCCAAAGCCACUUUCUACUCUUACCCUCGCUGAUCUACACAUGCUGUAUGUAAAGUGCUUACUACGGCACACGACCCUGAAGAGCCCUCAACCCAGUUAAACAUCAGCAGCUGCUUCUGGAAGCAUUGUUUUUGCAUAUCCAUAAUGCCAACACUACAUAAGUUAUAAUUAUGUAAAAAUAUAUUUUAGAAACAUGUUACUGUCAUAUGAGAAAAUUUGUGUGUGUGUGUGUGUGUGUGUGUGUGUGUGUGUGUGUGUGUGUGUGUGUGUAAAACAAAUGCACUUGAUAAUCUGUAUGUAUUAUGUGCUGGAGUCCUGUAUAGCAAUAAAACUAAACAGAAGUCAGGUCACAGGUGAACUGCUUUUAAAUGCUGCAGUGUGUGAUAGUGUGUUAAAGUGAUUACUAAAUGGUACUAAAUUUUUCAUACUGCUCAGCAUGCAGGCUAUAUUAAAGCUCCAUCAUAUUCUUAACAUGCUUUCUGUUUAAUCCAGGUAUCCAUAGAUUCUGAAUGUUCUCAAAGGUCUUGAGUUUGAUUUUUUAAUAUUAGGUUCAUAAAAUGUGCUUUAAAAGUAUUAGUUUCAAUUUUGAAAGGUCUUAAAUGUGAGAUGAUGUCUACACUCAUGAGAAAUCACAUCGACCCACAGGAUUUAACAUUACUUAUAAAUAUAAAAUCAUUUGUUCUUUGGAUUUAAUAAGUUUAUUUUAAUAUGUUUAAAAACACAACUUAAAUUCAUAGAGAGGGAGCGCCUGUGUAGAUACACAAGAGUAUGAGAGGGAGCGCUGUGUAUAGAUGAUGAAAAAUCCUUACCUGUCCCGUUUGAUUUUGAAAAGUGUGCAGAUACCCUGUUAAUAUGUCUAUAAUCAGUUAAUCAGUUCUAUAGAUUGUGCUUGUGAUUAAUUAAACACUUUCAAAAACCAAUCUAA